AUGCUCGUCGGCGUGUUGCCCACAAUGACAAGCGCUAUGGAUGCCACUUCUGAAAAUCAUUGCCCGGCGUGUGGUCAGGAUGUCCACCGGCCUUCUGCAGAUGCGGCUCAGCAGAGGAUAAAGGAAUUAGAAACCGAAGUACAGCGUCUUACCGAAGGGGCCACGCUGACAGCAAAGAAACUCGCCGAUUAUGAAGACGAACUACGCCAUGUCCGCUCCCAAGAGAAACCUCAUGUACAAAGAAACAACUCGUCCAUAUCAUCCUCCACGUGCUCCAUGCCCUCAGACUCGGUAUAUAGACAACCAACAAUGUCAACGUCACCCACAACUGUCCAAUUCUCAUGCUCCCCAAACUCCCCGCCUCAGCAACCUGCGCAGUCCCAAGGCCGGAUUUCGUCGUUCGCAUCCCUCCUCCACUAUCGCCGUUUCGUCACUGGAACUCCUGGCCCGUCGGGUCUCAGUCAGCAGCAACAACAGCAGCAGCAGCGUGGAUAUGUCAGUGGCAACAGCGAGUUCACAACAUCCGAGUUGCAGGACGCCCUCAAUCGAGAACAGAAUAUGCGCAAGGCCGCAGAGAUGCAGCUAUCACAGGUCAACAUGGAACUGGAGGAGCUGACAAUACAACUAUUCAGUCAAGCGAAUGAAAUGGUUGCGCAUGAGCGACGGGCGAGAGCCAAAUUGGAAGAGAGAGUCACGCUCCUAGAACAGCGCGAUGCUGAUAAGAAGAAGCGUCUGGAGAGGCUGGAGAAUGCCAUUGCGAGAGUGGAAAGAGUUCGUACCCUUGUUGGGUAG